GGAAGGUCUUUUUACGGCGGUAAUCUCUUUCUAUUGUUUUUAUAAUGUGAUUACAUUAUGUUGUGUUUGUUUUUGUAGAGACAAUUUUUUAGGCCUUUUUAUUUGUUUACGGCAUUCUAGAUAUCUAAGAAUCCUCAUUAUCUAGUAAACACAUCGGAAUAGUAAAAAGUAAACGGCGUAUUGGAAUAAAUGAGUGUGUUGAGAAUUAGAGUAUGAACCUUUUCGACUAAUAAUUUAAACAUUGAGUUAUCAGAAAUACACGAACAAUUAAAAAUUGUAAACUGCAAGACAUUAGUUACAUAGAUUCUUCAAGAGAUAUUAAAUUAUCUUUUCGAUGACCAUUAACACAAACAAAGUGUAUUUAGAACUUAUUAAAUACAUAUAUUUAUCAACUAUAUUCAUUGUAUUCAGUAAGUAGUUCAUUGUUACUUCAAGAUUAACGUUAUGGACGUUAUCUUCCAGUUUUAAUUACGUUAAGAUUUCAGCGUGUGUUUUAUUAGUUCGAUAGAAUUGUUUGAAUAUGGAUGACACAGAAAAUGGAUUAUUUAUAGGAACUAAAACGCAACUAUUGGCAGCAAUUUCCGGAACACUUUUUGCCAUAUCUGACGGAAUGUCAUAUGGAUGGACAGCACCCAUGAUUCCCUAUCUUAUCAGUGAGAAAAGCCACAUAAGAACUACAAAAUAUGAAGCCGAAUGGUUGGAAACCUGCUUAAUGGCAGGCUCAUUUUUCGGACUACCUUUGACCAUAUACCUAGUUGACAAGAUAGGGAGAAAAAAGUCAUUACUGCUAGCUGCUUUUCUGUCAUUAUUAUCAUGGAUAGCUGUGGCAUUUGCUACCAAUAUGCCAGUGUUAUUUAUAGCCAGAUUUGUUUUUGGGAUAACAGCUAAUACAUCCUUCGUGGCAGCUCCGAUGUAUGUAGCUGAGAUGGCAGAUCACAAAAUAAGAGGAUUUUUAUCUAGUGUUAUUUAUUUAAAUAUGCUCUCAGGUCUAAUUUUAGUAUAUAGUGUAGGUCCGUAUCUUCCAUUUUAUGUGUCACCUGUCAUAGGCAUAGUAGUUUUAUCGUUAGAACUUUCAAUAUUUCCUUUCAUGCCAGAAACUCCUUACUAUUUAAUUCACAAAGGAAAAAGGCUAGAAGGAAAGAAAUCGUUGGGGUUUUUCAGACCUGGUAAAAAUAUUGAUCGAGAAUUAACUCAAAUUGUGAAAGCUGUAACACGACAAAAAUCCGAAAAAGGAAAUUUCGUAGAUUUAUUUGUUGCAAAAGGAAACAGAAAAGCUAUAACUAUAAUGGCUAUUCUAGACGCCGGACAACAUCUUUGUGCUAUAAGCGUCAUACUAAUGAAUCUUCAUGUUAUUUUGGAAGCUGCUGGAUCAAUAUACAUAGAUUCAUCAAUAGCGGCAAUUAUUUUUGCUGUCAUCAUGUUCUUCUCUGCAUAUAUAUCUUCAUUGCAAGUCGACAAGUAUGGUAGAAGAUGUAUGCUCAUGAUUUCGUUGAUAACAACAGCUAUGUGUUUAAGUGCUCUAGCUAUCUAUUUCCAUCUAAAAUUAUCAGGUUAUGAUGUCCGAGCAGCCAGUUGGCUACCAAUCGUAGCUGUAAUGUUUUAUGCUGCUUCCUUUAAGAUGGGAAUUGGGAUUGUUCCAAUAGUACUUACAGCAGAGCUUUUUCCUGCGAACAUCAAAGCAAUUGGUAUGGCGAUUUCCGAUCUAAUGUACGUAAUAGGAUCAAUAGUCAGUCUUCAGUUGUAUCAGUGGUUAAAUAACUCAUACGGGUUAUAUGUACCUUUUUAUUUAUUCGCAGUCUCUAGUAUUGUAAUAUGUAUGUAUACUUAUUUUUAUAUUCCUGAAACUAAAGGAAAAACUUUAGAAGAGAUUCAGUAUUUAUUAAAAGAUGAACCUAUCCCAAUUACGAACUCUUUAGUGAGUUUGGUAUCAAAUAGUUCAAAAUCUUAUAAUACGUUUUAACUUUGCAAUGAUUUCAAGGAAAAUAAUGCAUAGUUUUUUUUAUAUUUUGGGUAUGUAAUACUAAUAAUAUAUUUAACUUUUGUUUAAUAGGAAAAUAAUGAUUUGAAAAGUACUAAGCUGAUGAGAAAUCAUUUUCUAUUACCAGCUGAUUCUCACUUAUUGAACUAAUGCGUUGUUUGACGAAUUAUAUAGUCUUCUUCGUGGGUUUUCUAAUUAUCUAUUAUACAGUGCAAACAUUCAAACAUUUUUGUUUGUCCCUUUAUUUCUGUUAUUAUAGGUGUUAAAAUCGCGUUAAGGAUUUGAUUUUUAUCUAUUCUUAUAAGUAUUCAUAUUUUUAUGUCUAGUACAGCAGUUAGUUAUUUGGAGAAUUUAUUUGGUACUGAGUACUAAUGUUUUGAAACUUUAUUAUCACCUUUUUCACUUUUCUAUAACAAUUACAAGGGUAUAGAUUUUGGUCAACAGUGUUAUAUUAUUUCAGAUUUACCUUAUAUGUUAAUCAUAUUCAUAACUCUAUUUGUAUCACAAUGUCAAUAUCACCUUUAGUUUUUUACGUGAAUUUCUUCAAUUUUAUACGAAUUAGAUUGUAAUCAACCUUACUCUAUGUUCACAAUUUCAAAUAGUUAUUUUCGAAAUUUCAAUAUUCACCUGAUUCUUUCUUAAAAAAGAGGCAUAGUACUAACAGUUUCACUCUAUUUAUUAUUCAUCUCCUCCCAUUUAUUCUAUUUCUACUUAUUUGUUCACCAUGCUACAUUUCAUUAUUCAUUUUUUUGUUCUAGUUCUUUUAGAAGUACAAGUUUUUUCCAGUAAUAUAUUUUCGUUCGUAUAAUAGUUGUAAAGAGUAAUUUUAAUCAUAUAUUUUCUUCUCUAUUUUAUAACUACAGAACAAAAAAUCUCUGAGUGUGUAUAGUCUUGAUUAAACCAUAAUCCUUUUUGUUCUAUCGUUCUUAUGUAGAAUUGAUAACAUAGUUCCUUAAUCACUUGAAUAAGAACCUAAGAAUUCACUUUUAUAAAUUUACACUCAAUGGCAAUAAGUCCGUAGGUACUUUGAAUUUUCAAAACUCUACUUCUUUCCCCUUCUUAGUACUCAAAGUGAUAACAUUACUAAAGAAAUAAACAUCAUAACUAACACACACUAACACAUUCUCAAUAACCUGAACAGACCAUACAUAAAUCAAAUAAAUGGAGUGUUUUUAAAGUUUUCCUUAAUGGAUAAUUUCAAAGAAUUUUGAUAUUUGUAUUAGAAUUUUCUCAAAGGGCAUGCUGAAUAAAUUUGGUAUUGCUAGAGUAGUUUAUUAAUAAAUAGAAUUUCAAUGCAUAUAAUUUGAAGCUUGAUGAAUCCCAAUAGAAAAAACAUGUUAUAUUGGUAUUGUCAUAUUUGGUCCAUGGUUUUCUAAUUAGACUGACUUAUCUACAAAGGGCUCCAUGAUUUUUACACGAUCUAGUAUAAUUCGUCACUGUAGGCUAGGCAACCAAUUUUACAAUUAAAAAAAAUAUUUUCGCAAUCUGUAUGUCAACAUAAUUUGAAAAAUGUAUAAAUUAAAAUAAAAGUUAACGAUUGA